UUUGGUUUUUGUCUGGACGAAGCGGAGACGCUGGUGAGCAAAGCUAGAAGCGGAGGAACCUCCGAGGUGUUGCCAAUGGCGGGCAAGUUGCACAAAUCCCCCAAACCAAAGAGACCCUCUUCGCUCCAUGCCACCAAUAAGAAGAAGGUCAAGAAGAGGAAUUUCGCAAACCCUAAUCUCAUCCCCCUUGGCAAGAACCCCAUCGUAGCCGACUUUGAGAACAAGGCCAAUGAGGAACUGAGGAACAAGAAGAAGAAGGGCAAAGAGGCGGAGCAUGAUGCCUUGCUUCUAUCUACCCUCCCUGCUGCCCAGCAACUCCGCUUCUUUCUGGACAGCUACCAAUCCGCCAACGGGAUUAAGCUCUCCCCUCUCGAACUGGAGGCUUUCAAAGAUACAAGUGUUGCAGAGCUUCCUCAAGAAGUGGCACAAGAUGUGGAUAAUUUCAGUGACCAUAUAAAGACCGCCUUUGAUGACUCAUGGAGAGAAGCGCUUUGUGAGGGAAAGCUUUCAGAUGGAAUUGAUGCUGGAAGCCCGGCAGUCCUUGUUAUCAGUGCAUCUGCUCUGAGAUCAUUGGAGCUCCUCAGGGGCUUGAAGAAGUUCACUAAAGAAUGUCGUCCAGCAAAGCUAUUUGCAAAACAUAUGAAAGUGGAAGAUCAGGUCUCAAUUCUUAAAGGACGAGUCAAUAUUGCUAGUGGAACACCAAGCAGGAUCAAGAAGUUAAUUGAUAUGGAUGCGAUGAUCCUAUCACGCUUAACACUUGUUGUGUUGGACAUGCACAGAGAUGCAAAAGGUUAUACACUACUAACACUAAAACAAAUCAGAGAUGAAUUUUGGGAUUUGUACAAGAGCCACUUUCAUCCGAGGCUUCUACAAGGUGAUACCCGCUUCUGCUUUUAUGGUUCAAGAUCUGGUGCGGAGACUGAAAAGAUUCAUUACUCUCUCUCUCAGGCACGCACGACUGCUGCUAUUGAAACCAUACUCCGUCGAUCUCCAGCGACAUCAACAAAUCCUAAAACCUUUUAGCCUUCUCAGUAUGUUGAAGAUAUGUUUCUUUAUGUAUUAGCCAGUUGUAGCUAGAAUUUAGACUGCUAUUAUGUCUAUAAAGUUGUUCCCCACUUAACUAGUUGUUUUUCAUUAGCUACUUGUUUUUCUUUUUCAUAUCGGUAUAAAUUCAACACAUUGUCAUAGAUGAAGGAUAAGAUAAGUUUGAGCA